GCAUGGAGGCUCUCACCACUCAGCUGGGGCCGGGGCGCGAGGGUAACUCCUCGCCCAACUCGAAGCAGGAGCUGCAGCCGUACUCGGGCUCCAGCGCUCUCAAACCCAACCAGGUGGGCGAGACCUCGCUGUACGGAGUGCCUAUCGUGUCUCUGGUCAUCGACGGCCAGGAGCGCCUGUGCCUGGCGCAGAUCUCCAACACCCUCCUCAAGAACUACAGCUACAAUGAGAUUCACAACCGCCGCGUGGCCCUGGGCAUCACGUGCGUUCAAUGCACGCCCGUGCAGCUGGAGAUUCUGCGUCGGGCCGGCGCCAUGCCCAUCUCAUCGCGCCGCUGCGGCAUGAUCACCAAGCGGGAGGCCGAGCGCCUGUGCAAGUCGUUCCUGGGCGAGCACAAGCCGCCCAAGCUGCCGGAGAACUUCGCCUUCGAUGUGGUGCAUGAGUGCGCCUGGGGCUCGCGUGGCAGCUUCAUCCCCGCGCGUUACAACAGCUCGCGUGCCAAGUGCAUCAAGUGCGGCUACUGCAGCAUGUACUUCUCGCCCAACAAGUUCAUUUUCCAUUCGCACCGCACACCCGACGCCAAGUAUACGCAGCCCGACGCGGCCAACUUCAACUCUUGGCGCCGUCACCUUAAACUCAGUGACAAGUCGGCCACAGACGAACUGAGCCACGCGUGGGAGGACGUCAAGGCCAUGUUCAACGGUGGCACUCGAAAGCGGACCUUCUCGCUGCAAGGAGGCGGUGGCGCUGCCGACGAGCCGGAGGUGGACGUGGAGUCCAACCGAUUCCCCGACGACGAGGGCGCCCCGGAUGAGACCGAGCCUGGCGCGCCCGCUGCGCCCGGCACAGGAGGCGGCCCAGACGGAGAACAGCUCGCUGGGCCCCCGUCUACCACCUCCUCCGGCGCCGAUGGCCCUGCAGACUCUCCGGACGGCAGUAGCCCUUGUCCCCGGCGCCGCCCAGGGCUACCCCCAGGAGGAAGAUGCGGGAUAAAAGUGGGCGACGAGAGCGGGGGCGGCUUUGACCAGUCCUUGGCUCGGGAACCGGUUCCUGUGUCGGAUGAUGUUCUCGGGGCGCCAAUACUGACCCUGAAUCUACAACAACAGUGGAGCGGCUCCCAAGGGCGCCAGGCUGUGCGCGCGGCGGCGGCGCUGGGGCCCGCGGCCUCCUACCUCUGCACCCCCGAGGCCCACGAGCCAGAUAAGGAAGACAAUCACUCGACCGCCGACGAUUUGGAAACGAGGAAAUCCUACCCAGACCAAAGGAGUAUCUCCCAGCCAAGUCCUGCAAAUACAGACCGAGGCGAAGAUGGGCUCACCCUGGAGGUCACUGCCACGCAGUUAGUGGAGAAAGAUAUCGAGAACCUGGCCAGAGACGAGCUGCAAAAACUGCUCCUGGAGCAAAUGGAGCUCCGCAAGAAGCUGGAGCGAGAAUUUCAGAGUCUCAAAGAUAAUUUUCAGGAUCAAAUGAAGAGGGAAUUGGCUUAUCGAGAAGAAAUGGUGCAACAGCUGCAAAUUGUCAGAGACACUCUGUGUAACGAACUCGACCAAGAGCGGAAGGCGCGCUAUGCCAUCCAGCAGAAGUUAAAAGAAGCCCACGACGCCCUGCACCACUUCUCCUGCAAGAUGCUGACUCCCCGCCACUGCACUGGCAACUGCUCCUUCAAGCCCCCGCUGUUGCCCUAGGGCCGGCCCCGCCGCGCCCCCGCGCCCUCAAGCCAUGCUGCUCUCUUCCUGUAAAUACCUGCGGCCGAGGCGGCCGAGAGCGAGGAACAAGCCAUCCGGACCGGACCGAUGUAAAUACAGCCUCCCGCCCGCCCUCCUCCCGGGCGCCCACUCCCGGGAGCCCCAGCCCAGGGCCCCGGCUCCAUUUCCAAGUGUAAAUACCAUUCUGCCCCACGGUUGAACUCCAAGGCAUUGGACCUCAUGGGGUUAACUGGACAGAGGGGGUAAAAACGGGAAGAGGGAGACUACUCUUCGCCUCUGUACAGCCUCGGACCCCCCAGUUGUGAUUACAAUGUAGCAACUUGGCUGGCGCUGGCCCCGCGCCGGUCCGUCCACUUCUGAAACUUGUUCCUAAUGACAAAGUGGCUAUGUGCAAUGGAUAUACAUGUACUGUGAGUCUCUUGGUUCAGUACUGAGUUUACUUUAUUUAUUUAUGCUGUAUGUUGUUUUGCUUCCUUCUCCUGGACCUGCUUCCUGCCCCGUUUUGCAGUCCCUUUGGGGUUUUGCUUUGUCUCUAUUUUGUUGUAACCUCUUGAUGUAACCAGCACUUUAAAAAGGGCGACAACUGACUCACGAGAUGGAGACCACCUUGACCUGUUUGGGGAGACCACCCUGUACCCGUGACUUUUGUUUUGUUUUUAAUUAAAAAAAAAAAACCUGUCA